GACGACUCUCUAUUAGCCAUACAUGAUCAUAUCGCCAAUGACCUCCCAAAUCUAAACAUCUGGAUAUUGACGCGCUCAGGCGAGAGAUUCAAUCACCAUCCUCCUUCACGGACGUUCGCGGCAUCCUCCGAAGACGAACCGAUCAACAUUACAACAGCCCUGGCUGAAAGCCUCGCUACCUCGGCGCGGCAGCAGCCACUACCAUCGCGCCCAUGUGGUGGUUUUUUCGCAUCGUCUCCAGCUCCGUCUUCCUGUUGACCAUCGUACUAUCCAUACCCAUCUCCUUCGAUGUAGGCGGACGUGAUAGCGGCUUGGCCUACAGCCUGUCGCUCUUCAGUUUCUACCUGGUAUACAGCGCUGUCAAGCUUGCCACCCCCGAAAACUCGCGCAUAGGCUGGGUUGUCUCCAGGUUUCUUCAAUCUUCCCAGUGGAUUGUCAUUCCGACCCUUUUGAUAUGGUCUCUGCACAAUUUUGCUGUUGAUGCCAACAGCACCGACUGGGUAUCGAGAACAAUCGGUGGGUUCGGUGGUCAAAAGCCCACUGCUACCUGGACCGAUUGGAUCUUCGGCAAUGGCGGGUUCGUAGAAUCGGUAACUCUUGGUACUUGGGAUAAGACGUUGUGUUAUUCAAGUCCCGUAUUCCAACUUGCCGAAGGCUUCUGUACGCUGCUGGUUAUCCAAGCCGCAGGUCAAAUUUCGAGAUGGCUUGUGAAUCGUGGAAGAAGCGACACUUGGGUUCUUAUUCUCCUGAUCCUAUCCGCUUCUAUCAUUGCCAGUGCCGUCUACUUCCUGUGGCGGGUUGCUUUAUUCCCAUCUAUUAGCAAUAUCGACGCGACCCUCAUCGGCGUGACUGUUACCUCAGCAGUUUUUCUCUGUGCGAUAGGAAUUCUUUCCGGCCGCGGUAAUCCCGUUGAGUCGUCUUUACUAUUCGCCUACGUUGUUCUAUGCGUCUAUCAGAUAUUUACCGAUUAUGUUCAGUCACCGGAAGCCCAGGCUGCCGCUGCAAAUCAACCAGAGUUUCCACCCCUGCCACCCAUCAUUAUGGCGAGCUACUCGACUCUCGUCCAUCUCUUUAAUUUGUUGCCUGAAGCUGUGUACUCCUCCCUAAGCUUCCUCCACGCCGCAUUCCAGACCAUUGCACCUUCGGUCAUGAUCUCCCUAACUUAUCGACUAAUCGUAUUUUACUGCGCGACUCGUAUUAUUCCAGCAGUACGAGAAUCAGGCGCGCGUGCCCUUCUGCAGGAGCCUUCUUUGGAUGAUUCAGAUGAGGCGAAUCGCAUUCUAGGCUUCCUCUCGUGGUUCUCACCUUCUAUCCUUAUCUCCGUCUAUACAAGUUUACUACUUCAACAUUUUUCUGCCAGCGGUGGUGAAGAAGGCUGGACACUCCGACAUGGAGAUUCGGGAGGCAAUACUUGGCGCUGGGUUAAUGUUGCCGCUACAAUGAGUCUCUAUGCUAUCGAGUUAUAUCUGGGCAGUGAUGAUUCGGACAGCGGUUUAGUUAACCAUUGGAAGACGGACUAGACAAGGUUGUCUAUUAAUUCCGAAGUUAGUAAGGUUGAGAUAUUUUGGCCUGUGGUAUGAAG